AUGCGUGACGAAGAGCAAGAGGCCGGCCAGCCGUCGACAAGCCCCUCCACCGCCACCAAGGACCACGAAGACGUCAACAUGGAGGUCGACACUCGUCCGGCUGGUGCCCGUCAAUCCCGCCUGAAGCGCAUCUUCAUCGACAAGUCGCUGCUACCCGAAUGCGCGCACGCCGAGGUGACGGAACGCCUGGAGGCCCUCGUCGCCGCGGAUUUGGCCUGGGACAAAUCCGAGGCGCACGACAUCCUCUACGCCGCGUGCUCCGGGUUCGCCAACGCGGAAGAAAAUUUGACGGCCGACAACCCGAUGGAGACGACUCUCGGGUCGGUGCUGAACGUGCCCGAGAUCGACAACAUCGUCGAGCGGAAGGAGGGCCAGGCCCUGCGUUUCCUGAUCGCCCUGGUGCAGCAGAUCGACACCGAAUCUCGUCAGCCGGACGUCAUGGAGAACGAGUUCGCGCUGUUGAUGAGCUUCCGGGACGGCGCGAUGCUGGUGAUGGGGCAGCUGAUGGCGGGCGACGUGGCUGGGCUCGACGCCCGCCUCUUCAACAUCGCCUUCUCAAACGCGGCGUACACGAUGCAGAUCGGCGAGCCGUUGUUCACCAAGCUCAUCUCGGUCGUCCACGACCACCUCGGCGACCAGAUCGACAGGGUGUUCAACGGCCUGCUGACGCUGCAGAAGACGUUCCUCAUCAAGCAGUCAAUGGUCCACCAGAAUGAUCAGUACGUCGUCCACCCCUUCCAGCUCGUCCUCACGCUGCUCAACAUGAAGGUGGUCGACAAGGCGACGAACACGACGAUCCGCCCGAUCCCGGCAGUGCUCUGUCGCCGCCCCGACUUCAACCCGGAGCCCGUCUCGUCGGUGGGCGGCCGCGAGACCGAGGUGCUCAGCUACCUGGGCCCCUUCUUCGCCUACUCCGUCCCAUCCGAGGAUCGAAGCCCCAACCUGCAGCAGCUGUUCGACGUCACCGAGUACCCGCUGGACGAUGAGCGCACGGCAUUCUACUCGCCAUACCGCAUGCGGAUUGCCAACUUCAGGAAGUACAUGUCCGGGAUUGCGCUGGCCCUCUUCGGCAACGCAGCGACCCGUGGCCCAACCCUCGACUACUUCGCCGAGUUGAUCAAGCGCAACGCCAAGCGAUCCCAGCUGAGGGCCGACUUCUCGAAGCUCGCCGGGCACGGGUUCGUAUUCAACGUGCUGAGCGUGAACCCGAAAUACCCGUACACGCCGAAGGCCCGUCUCGACAUCGACGAGGCCACCCGCUUUCAAAUGGACCUGCAGGAGGCCAGGAAGUUCGCCGCCGAGCUCUUUCCAUCGGGCAGCGAGGUGCCGGCCGACAACUUUUCUACGGAGUGCUUCUUUCUGGCGAUGCACUGCCAGAACAUCGGCCUCAACAGCGCCCUCACGCGUCUCAAGUACAUCAAGCGCGAGUUUGCCGACAUCAAGGAGAGGAUUGAGGGUUUGAACGAGCAGCUCCAACAACACCGCCAGCGAGCACAGCAGCCCGAAGACCCGAUGGCCGCCUUCCAAGCGAACGCCAUCCAGCAAGAGCUCGAUCGGACGAUGAAGAUGAGAACGCGCUACCUCCGCGUGAUAAUGUGCUACGAGACGCUGGUGAUGGACGAGCACUUCCUCGACCAGACGCUCUUCUUCUCCAACAAGCAGCUCUUCUUCAUCAUCGCCCAGAUCAACGAGGAGUUCGUGAUCGAUGGCCAGCUACCCGACGCGUGCCCCCAAGUUUUCGCCGGCUACCCAGAAUUCUACCUGGAGAACGUCGUCGAUCUCUUCAGCUACUUGAUGCAAAAAGCCCCGGGCACGCUCAACUCGACGGCCGCCAACGAGUACGCCGUCCGGCUGCUCAUCUUCCUCUGUUCAAACAAGCUCAUCAAGAACGCCUACCUCUCGGCAAAGAUCAUAGAGGUGAUGUCGCUGACGACGCAAAUCCCCCACCUCUGGGGUCAAUUGGCCAGCCACCCGGUCGCUGAACGUCUCCUCUUCCCCUCCCUGAUAGCCUUCUACGCUAUCGCGGAGGAGCGCAUCGACUUCUACGAGAAGUUCUCGGUCCGCCGGAAUAUCCAGAUGAUCUUCAAGAAGAUGUGGGAGAACUUCGGCUACCGCGCGUCAAUGAUCCAGCUGGCCCGAAGAUGCGAGUCCGACUUCAUUCGCUUCAUCAACAUGAUCAUCAACGACGCGACAUUCCUGCUCGACGAGAGCCUGGCCGGGCUCAAGAAGGUGCACGACAUCGAGAAGCUGAUGUCGCAGACGGAGCAAUGGGCCGGCCUGAGCCAAGAAGAACAGCAGGACAAACACUCGGCGCUCGACGAGGCCAAGCGCAACGUCAGAAGCUGGCUCUACUACGCCAAGUACACGCUCGACCUGCUCGAAUAUCUGACGGCCGACGCCAGCGAGCCCUUCCUCAAGCCGGUCCUCGGCGAGCGCCUGGCGGCCAUGCUCGACCACAACAUCAAGCAGUUGUGCGGCUCGAAGUGCUCGGAGCUGCGCGUGCGCGACGCGCAGCGCCGCUUCGACUGGAACCCGAAAGAGCUGACCACGCACGUCGUCUCCGUCUACCUGAACCUGGCCGGCGAGACGUUCGCCGACUACAUGGCCAAGGAUGAGCGCACCUACACCCCGGACAUGCUGAACGGCGUGCUGACGAAGCUGCGGGACCGCAACAUCGUCUCGGCCCCCUACCUCGAGCGCUUCACCAACCUGGCCCGCAUCGCCGAGCAGAUCUACAAAACGAAGCAGAACGUCGACGAGGAGCUGGAGGACGCGCCCGAGGAGUUCCGCGACCCUCUGAUGGACACGCUGAUGCACGACCCGGUGGCCCUGCCAUCCGGCCAAGUGAUGGACCGGAACGUCAUCAUGCGCCAUCUGCUCACCUCGAAGACGAACCCCUUCACGAGGGGCCCGCUGGAGGAGAGCGAGCUCGUACCAGCUGACGACCUGCGAGAGCGCAUCAAGGCAUGGGUCGCCGCGAAGAUGGCCAACCGCAAGCAG